CGCGGGGACAGUGGUCCCUAUCGCAGGGCAUCAUGGGACUUGUAGUUCGAUGGCUUCUCAGGCUCGCCGCCGGGUUGGGUGACUCGGUCCCGAGAACUACAAAGCCCAGCGAUUCUGAGCGCGGUGACCGACUGCUAAACUGGGAGCGGACCCGAGAGCGUUAAUGGGGCUCUUUGUCUGCAGGGGGUUUCGGGGUGGUCGCUGAACGGGACGGGGUGCGUUGGGCUGGGGAAGCUCAGGUGAGCCGCGGGCCUCAGUGCUGCGCUCGGGCUCGACAGCCACAGCACUCGCGGCCCCGCCCCAUCGCCACCGCGCGGGGCCUGGGCCUCCUAGGGCGCUGCCCCUUGGUGCAGAACUGUGUGUACGGCACAAGGUCUUUGAGAGACCCAACGAACUCGUCAUUAAAAGGCCUUUUGCCUUUCCCGUGAAUCUCUAGGUAUCUGAAGGAAGAUGAAUUUGGCAGAGAUCUGCGACAAUGCCAAGAAAGGGCGAGAGUACGCGCUUCUGGGAAAUUACGACUCUUCGAUGGUGUACUACCAGGGGGUGAUCCAGCAGAUCCAGAGACACUGCCAGUCAGUGAGAGACCCGGCUGUCAAAGGGAAGUGGCAUCAGGUCCGGCAGGAACUGCUGGAAGAAUACGAACAAGUUAAGAGUAUUGUCAGCACGUUAGAAAGCUUUAAAGUCGACAAGCCCCCGGACUUUCCUGUGUCUUGUCAAGAUGAGCCAUUUAGAGAUCCAGCAGUUUGGCCACCCCCUGUCCCUGCAGAACACAGAGCUCCACCUCAGAUCAGACGUCCCAACCGAGAAGUGAGGCCUCUGAGGAAAGACAUGGGAGCUGGAGCCCGAGGACUCGUGGGCCGAGCACACCCGAUAUCCAAGAGCGACAAGCCUGCAAGUAGGGACAAGGACUGUAGAGCCCGAGGGAGAGAUGACAAGGGAAGGAAAAACGUGCAGGAUAGUGCGAGUGAUGGUGAGAUCCCCAAAUUUGAUGGCGCUGGAUACGAUAAGGAUCUGGUGGAAGCCCUGGAGAGGGACAUUGUGUCUAGGAACCCUAGCAUUCACUGGGAUGAUAUAGCAGAUCUGGAGGAAGCUAAGAAAUUGCUCCGGGAAGCUGUUGUCCUUCCUAUGUGGAUGCCUGACUUUUUCAAGGGGAUUAGAAGGCCAUGGAAGGGUGUGCUGAUGGUUGGACCUCCAGGGACUGGGAAGACUAUGCUAGCCAAAGCAGUUGCCACUGAAUGUGGGACAACCUUUUUCAACGUCUCCUCCUCUACCCUGACAUCUAAAUACAGAGGCGAAUCAGAGAAGUUGGUCCGUCUGUUGUUUGAGAUGGCUAGGUUCUACGCCCCCACCACGAUCUUCAUUGAUGAAAUAGAUUCCAUCUGCAGUCGAAGAGGAACGUCUGACGAGCAUGAAGCGAGUCGCAGAGUCAAGUCUGAGCUCCUCGUCCAGAUGGACGGAGUUGGAGGAGCUUUAGAAAAUGAUGAUCCGUCCAAAAUGGUGAUGGUUCUGGCGGCCACUAACUUCCCGUGGGACAUCGAUGAAGCUUUGCGAAGGAGACUAGAGAAGAGGAUCUACAUCCCCCUCCCGACAGCAAAAGGAAGAGCCGAGCUUCUGAAGAUCAGCCUUCGGGAGGUGGAGCUGGAUCCUGACAUUCGCCUGGAGGACAUCGCGGACAAGAUUGAGGGCUAUUCUGGUGCCGAUAUAACUAAUGUCUGCAGGGACGCGUCUCUGAUGGCAAUGAGGAGGCGCAUCAGCGGCUUGAGUCCAGAAGAGAUCAGGGCCCUGUCCAAGGAGGAGCUGCAGAUGCCUGUCACCAGAGGAGACUUUGAGCUGGCACUGAAGAAAAUUGCCAAGUCUGUCUCCGCCGCGGACUUGGAGAAGUACGAGAAGUGGAUGGUUGAAUUUGGAUCUGCGUGAUUUUUGUCAGCUCUUUCAUUUCUGGUAUUUUUGCCUAUAAAGUGUGAAGAAAUUCCUUAAAUUUAAAAAAAAAAUCUGGAAUUUUUCAUCAGAGAAAAUUUCACUUAAAUGCCAAAGCAAAGCAAAAUGUCUAGAGCUACAGAGAAAUGCAGUUGAAAAAUGAGACGUCUGUAAUCUGCUGGCUUCCAGAUAAAAACCUAGUCCUCAGGCCACAGAGCUCGCAAGCCGGUGGGCGGGGCUGAGGGGCGGGGCUGCGCUGGAGGCCCUGCUUACUUGCAUUCAUUGUCUGUUUUCCCAGUCCUGUGUUCUCUGAUCAUAAAAGACACUUAUGUCCACCAGGUGCGAGUGCACACACACACAGAGCAAACUCGGUUUCUGUCAGAUUUAUUAAUUGUCAUUUUGAGAAUGAUAGAUAGUAAAUUCUGAAAGAAAUAAUGAAUUUUAAAUCUGUAGAACUUAAUACUUACUGUUAGGAUCUAAUAUGUAGUUAGCAUUUUCACUUCUCUGCCAGUUCUUCUUAGCUGCUGGCUCUGUCUAUCAAGGAAUAGUCUGUGAUCUAUGGUUUUUCCCCUGGCGUUUAGUCAUUUUUUGCUAGCGCCUCUCCUAUGUCAUUUGGGAAGAUGGAAAGAAUCUUACGUCGUUAGCAGCGCGUCUUCACCCUACUGUCCAGCGUUCUCGCUUUUCUUUCGUAUGCUCAAAUCAAUAGAGCAGUUGUUUCUUUUCACUUCCAACACUGCUUUUUUGUUGAGUUUGACUUUCAUGUUUAAGAUAAGUACCCCGAGUUCUAAACAAGUCUAGCCUCCAGGCUAAUGCAAAACAAACAUUUCUUUUUCUUCCCUAUGCUAGUAUUUUGCCAGUUUGUAUGUCUGUUUACUACAUGUGUUGUAGUUCCGGAGGGGGCCAGAAGAGGGCAUCGUAUCCCCUGGAAUUGAAGUUACAGGCAGUUGGGAGUCACCAUAAGGAUGGUGGGAAUAGAACCCAGGUCCUCUUCAAAAGCACUCAGUGCUCUUAUGGCUGCGCCAUCUCCCCAUCCCCACAAAUAAAACCUCUUAUGGCUCUCAGACAGCUUGUUUUGCAAACAGUAUACAAUACUCAUUAAAAACAGUGAACAAUACUCAAUAAUUAGAAAGUUUUCCUUCUAAGAACGUGUGUAUGCAAUGGGAUCAGAAUGGGAAUUCGACAUGCUCAUUAGACAUGGAAUUAGUAGGAAGGUCCAAGAAAGGGAGCUGCAUGGAUCCAGUCACAAGUCCCGGGUCCUCAUGUUGAUUCUCAGUAAUUAAUUAUGUCCAUCCAUUUGAUCAUCAGGCAAUCCAUGCUUUCAGAGUCAACUUAAAAAGCGUGUCUGUGCUAACAUGCUGAAAUCUUGAUUCUCAAGCCUACUGUUUUAAAACUAUGUACAUCCUAUAGGCACCUUCAAAAUCUCUCACCGUGAUGCUUAAGAUAUUCGAUCUCUUUUCCUUACUCAGACCUGUUGUGCUCUUUCCAGAUCAUCUAAAUCUGACUCUCCAAGCUCCUGGCUCCAUCUCAUUCCUAGAAAGUGUCUUCUUUCUUCUGAGACACCCACUAUGCAUUUCAAAUCAGAAGCCACAGUCUUAUCAUGAUGGGACUAACUAUUGAAGAGUUAGGAUGAGAGACAGAUGAGCAAACUUGAGUUUACUUGUGUGUCUUGAGGAAGGGUCUCACGUGGUUGUCUGAGCUGCUCUUCUGCUCUUAGGCUCACAUGAUCUUCCCGUUUCAGCUUCAUGAGCAGCUGGGACUCCAGCCCCACCCCCAUGUUAUUUAUUUAUCUAUUUAUUUAUUUAUUGGCUUGAGAAUAGUUUUGUUUGUUUAAUGUCAUUUGAAAAGAAUUUCUCUACAAAGAAAUGAGACAGAAGGAAGCAUUGGUUCAGCGCUGAUGAAUGCACACAGUUAGGACUGCUGAAGGCAUAGACCACCUAAACAUUUUUAAAAAUUGGAACCUGCAAACAAAAUAAUCUGAUAAAAUCUAUUAACACUUCUGGAGAGUUAUGAGACUCUUGCCUUUUUUCUUGAAUGAGAGAGCUCCAGCCAGUUGUUGAAGGGUUCCUCAUAGGCAUGGGAAGAAAAAAGGCGAUAGCCUGACUGGUCCCCAUGUUGGUUAAGUAUGCUCCCCAGCCCACAUGUCAUAGCAUCUUACUGAAGCAGGCCUGUGACCGCAUCACCCGCAGGGAGAUGUCGUCAGUAACCAUGGCCUCUAGCACCAUCCCUUAGGGAAGCCUACGCACCAGCGCUUCAGCUGAAUCUAGGAACGUUACAGUGACUGUGAAUCCAGGCUAAGCUUGUGAGACAUGACUGUGGGGCAAAAGAACUUCUUCUUUUUAAUUAGUAACUCGAUCCAUUCAGUGUAUUUCACAAGGUGCAAUGCGUUUUAUCAUUUAUCAAUGAAAGAAGUUAGAAACCCACCCCCAAAUCAGCAAACGGCAAACAAACACCCUUGAAGGUCACAGUCACACAUGUAGUGGAUCCUAGAACGGAGGCAGGAUAGCCUCCGUCCACCUUUGUGAGUUUCCCCCAAGUCCGAUCCACUCAAGGGUGGAGAGAAAAGACAGCUUCCGAGGAGCACGUUACUAAACGAGGCGUUUCUACGGCCUUCCUAAGAGCUCAGGGGCGGGGGACACAUUGUAGAAUGUGGGAAUAACCGGUCUUCCGCCUUAAGUGCUGUCCACUGGUUAACAGCUUUGAAAAAAACAAGACUAAGAACCCCACACACACUCCAAAAGGAGAGAAGGGCUGGGGGUGAGGGGGUUCCUAAGAUGCCCUGAUAACUCUCCAAAAUGGAACCAGGGAGCAGCAUGACAACCAGAUUAGUCGGUCACAAAGUCAGCACAGGCAUGCCUUGUCUUCAAACAAAAUAAAACGGUGGUGGGCUUUCGUUGUUGUU